AAAACGUUGUUGGGAACAGGCAGUUUCGGUGUCCUGCUAAUAGGUUCUCAGAAUUAGAAAAACAGACUCUUGAGCUUGAGAGGUUAGGGGUGGAGGAACCGUAGUUCUCACUGAGAGCUGAAGGUUGCCAGCCAGCACUCCGCUGUCUUCGUUUCGAGGCUGCGAACGGCACCGAGCGCCAUGGGCUCCAGCUCGUCUUCCUACGCCCCCAAAACCGUGUACCUGGACGUGGAUGGCAAAGUUCAGAAGGUGCUCUUCAGUCGGCACUGCAGCCCUUGUGACAUCAGGGAGCUGCUCUGCUCCUCCUCAAAUAUCCCCAGGAACACAGCCGUAACGCUACUGGAUUCGGGGGGUGCCAUGAUCUCCAUCGAUCCUACCAUGCCCACCAACUCGCCCAACUCCUUGUACAAAGUCGUGCCGUUAUCUGCUGGCCAGCUGGGAGAGAAGGAUGACGUGUUUCAGAACGUCCUGUCUCAGGUGGCAGAGCAGUUCAGCAGGGCUUUUCGGAUCAACGAGCUGAAAACCGAGGUCACUAAUCGACUGGCCAUGCUGGAGAAGAGGGUGGAGUUGGAGGGACUGAAGGUAGUGGAGAUUGAGAAGUGCAAGAAUGACCUCAAGAGACUUCGUGACGAGAUGACCUCAAGAGGUGGAGGGAGGUUGAUAGAGAUGAAUUGCCCAUGCAAAUACAACUUCUCAGAUGACGGGAAGAAGCUGUCCCCAAGGCGUGACGUCCCAAGCUAUCCUAAGUACACGCUGUCCCAGGAGACCAUCGAGGCCCUGAAGAAACCCACGUUUGAUGUCUGGCACUGGGAGCACAAUGAGAUGCUGAGCUGCCUGGAGUACAUGUACCAUGACCUGGGAUUGGUGAAGGAGUUCAACAUUAACCCCAUUACGCUCAAGCGCUGGCUGCUGGCCAUUCAGGAGAAUUACCGCAGCAACCCCUUCCACAACUUCCGCCACUGCUUCUGCGUGAGCCAGAUGAUGUAUGGCAUGAUCCACCUGUGCAACCUCCAGGAGAGACUCACACUGGCUGACAUGGGCAUCCUCAUGACUGCAGCUGUCUGUCAUGACCUGGACCAUCCGGGCUACAAUAACACGUACCAGAUCAAUGCCCGCACGGAGCUUGCAGUGCGCUACAAUGAUAUCUCCCCGCUGGAGAACCACCACUGCGCUGUGGCCUUCCAGAUCCUCUCCUUGCCCGAGUGCAACAUUUUCGGCAACGUAGAACCCGAGGCCUUCAAGCAAAUCCGACAAGCUGUUAUCACCCUCAUACUAGCCACAGAUAUGGCCCGACAUGGGGAGAUACUGGAGUCUUUCAAGCAGAAGGUGGACAGCUUUGAUUUCACCAAUGAGGAGCACAUCAGAUGUCUGAAGAUGGUUCUUAUCAAAUGCUGUGAUAUUUCCAACGAGGUCAGGCCCACUGAAGUAGCUGAGCCCUGGGUGGAUUGUCUACUGGAAGAGUACUUUAUGCAGAGUGACAGAGAGAAGUCUGAAGGACUCCCCGUCGCUCCCUUUAUGGAUCGGGACAAGGUGACCAAGCCAACGGCACAGAUCGGCUUCAUAAAAUUUGUCCUCAUCCCCAUGUUCGAGACGGUCAUGAAGCUAUUCCCACAGAUCGAAGAGAUCAUGGUUCAGCCACUGCGGGACUCUCGCGAUCACUACGAGGAGCUGAAGCAGAUCGAUGAUGCCAUGACUGAGGUACAGAAGAAAAAAACUGAGAACAUGUCAUUAGGAGGGAAGAAGAAGUAGCCUUUCCUGCCUGCUCAGUGGUUCUAAGGAUCCCACACUGUGCACCGAUUCUGUGGCAGGAGCAAUUAAUCCAGCUGAUUGGCCUGUUCCUUUGGAGACAAAUAGCCAUUUCACAAAGGCUCACUCCUGUACCUUUCCCUCAACCCUCCAACCACUGAGGCAUUGACUGCCCUUUUGAUCGCCUCUCCAUUCCCUUCACAUGCAAGCAACAUCCAGAAGAACGACAAAGGGAGAGUAACCAAAGACAACGAUAUUAGCAUCCAUUGAGACGUUAUUUCAGAAGUGCUGUUUCCUGUGUGCUCUGUUACGGGUAUCAAAUGACAGCAUUUGUACCGAUUCUUAGUUUGAUACUGUUAAGUUCGCUUAAUGGCCAUCUCCUACCUUUCAGUUACUUAUUCUUGGUCAUGCCCCAUUCACUACAUGGAAAACAGUGUUGAAUGAGUUCCCUUUGGUAUCGGCUACAUUCCCCAAGGAUAGAGUAGUCAAGAUACUUACAGUGACUUCCUGAUGAACCCUGGUCAGCUCAGUGGUGUUUAAACUUGCCUCCCAAACAAAUUGCUUUUCUCUACAUAAAAUUAAAUCAUAAUUGAUUCUCUAUUCUAAAUUAUUUCUUUUUAAAGGACUCAAAAGUUUGAUCUGCGCUGAUGUGUGUGCGAUAAGUUUUAGGCAACAUAAUGGUGUGUGUUUGCUAGCCGGUAGUAUAAACAGCCCAUUGAUACGUAACAAUGUGGCUUAUCUGUAAGCUUAUGAUAGGAUAUGACUUUACUCCUGGCUCAAAGAUUUGGUAAACCUGUGUUUUCCUACAUCCUAACACUGAGCAAUAUUCUCCUGGAACAUUUAAAAUGUAUUACCCCAUAUGAAAACAUGUGAACAUUAAUAAUUGAUUGUUAGGUUGCUUAAAAUUAUGUGCACAAGUAGAUAUUAUUUAUCAUGCAGUUGCUAAUGUUAAUCUGCUCUGUUUUGCUUUAUUAUUCAUAAUCUGUGACCCUGGAGAUGUGUGUCCUCAUACUCUGAAAGACAGGUUUUACGUCUUGUUGUCUAAACCUGGGAAAACACGCAAGACAAUUUCACCUGCCAAUUUUCCGUGAUUCUCAUUAGAUGCCCUGUACAUUGUUACACCACUGUGGUCGCCAAGGCCACCAUGUCGAAACAUGUCUUGUGAAUCCUUCUGCGUGUUAAGGGCUCCGUAAUUAACUCACGUCUCUGUUUAGGGGUUUAAGGUGGCAGUUUUACGUACACAGAAUA